AUGGCAUUCAAGUUUGUAGCUUUCUUUGCUUUGCUCGCCGCUGCCAGCGCUGGUAUUGUACCUGCCGCCCAGGUCUAUCAUGCUGCCCCAGCUGCGGUUGUCAAAACUGUUGCUCCAGUUCACGUGGCUUCCCACCAAGUUUUGGCCAAGGCUGAUGAUGAAUUUGAUCCUCAUCCUCAAUACAAAUACGGUUAUGAUGUACAAGAUGCCGUCUCUGGCGAUUCCAAGAGCCAGGUUGAGGAACGUGAUGGUGAUGUUGUACGUGGUGAAUACUCAUUGAUCGAUGCUGAUGGUUUCAAGCGUACCGUUCAAUACACUGCUGAUGAUGUCAAUGGUUUCAAUGCCGUUGUCCAUCGUGAACCUUUGACUAAGACUGUUCACCUACUCUGUACCUGCUCACCACCAUCAUUAAAUACCAUUUUUGAGAGAACUUCGAUUGUGAUGACUGAACGAUUC